UUUGCUCUUUGAGUUCUCUCUCUCUCUCUCUCUCUCUGAGACAGAACACCCAUUCUGCACCUCCAGACACGCCUCUCUCUCUCUCUCUCUCUUUCUGCAGUUGCAGUGAAGAACAGAGCGGCCUGAUGCAGCAUUUCAAGCUGGCGAUCGAAAACCAGGAUAGCGCUGUCUGGGAAAUCAAGCCGAAGAACAGGCGAAUCAUGGUACGGGGAGGUGGAGGUCCCGAAGAAGAAGACAAUAAUAGGUGGCCGCCAUGGUUGAAGCCUCUGCUCAAAGAGAGGUUCUUCGUGCAAUGCAAGACGCACGCAGAUUCUCACAAGAGCGAGUGCAACAUGUAUUGCUUGGAUUGCAUGAACGGCCCUCUCUGCUCUCUCUGCCUCGCUUCUCACAAGGAUCAUAACUCAAUACAGAUAAGGAGGUCGUCGUACCAUGAUGUGAUCAGAGUCUCGGAGAUUCAGAAGGUGUUGGACAUCACAGGGGUUCAGACAUACACCAUAAACAGCGCGAGGGUCGUCUUCUUGAACGAGAGGCCUCAGCCCAGGCCUGGCAAAGGCGUCACCAACACUUGCGAGGUGUGCGAGCGAAGCCUCCUCGAUUCCUUCCGGUUCUGCUCUCUGGGCUGCAAGAUUGUGGGGACAUCGAAGAAUUUCGUGAAGGAGAAGAAGAAGCUCAAGAGGGCUUCCAUGGUGUCCAACGACGACUCUGAAGAUUCGUACAGCAGCAGCAGCCGCGCGGCCCACGGGCGGCGCAAGGUGAGCAAGAAAGUCCAGAGCUUCAGCCCGUCAACGCCCCCUCCAACAGCCCCGAAUCACAGGAUCGCCAAGCGGAGGAAGGGGAUUCCCCACAGAGCCCCAAUGGGGGGAUUCAUCAUAGAAUAUUAGCCACACCCCCCCCGGGUGCUACUGAUGAUGAUCAUAGCCUUAGAAGAAAACACAGUCCCUCUUUUCUUUGGUCGUUUACCUUAGAGCUGUGUGUGUAUAGAAGAAGCACGCCUGAAGAUGGGAGUACAGUGAAGAAACGAGGCGAAUAAGAAGAAAUAAAACGCCGGCGGCUGUAAUGGUGAACUGGGAAAAUGUCGUCGGAUAAGAAGAGUUGAGUGCAGGAUGAAGCAGGAAACAUCAUAUAAGAUCGUAUGGGUUGCUUUCUUUCUUUCGUUUCUGGUAAUCUUUAGAGUGGGUAAUGUAAGACAUAAGUUUUGGCACAAAUGUAUAUAUUGAAGUGUUUCCUCCGGACGUGUAGGAGGAGAAUGUGAAUAUACAGCUGCAGCAGCGAAGUGAUUAUGCGAGAAAAGAAAGCAAAAAGCUUGUGAUCUCA